UUGAUGCCCCAUUAUUUUUCUCAGAAUUGAUUAAUGUCUAUGUGAAGCAAUUUAAUAUUAUACGCAAGUGCUUACUUUGAAACCAAGACUGUCCUUUAUUUGUGAGCAGAGUUUCAUUUGCAUAAAAGGAUAGCUAGUUAUCUAGCUGAGGUUAGUUUCCCAAAGUUAACUUAUUUAUAAAAGGAAAAGGUAGAAACCCUCAGGGUGUCUAUGCAGCUUCCCUGCUUGGCCCCCAAGUACACAAGUUGAACUUAAAAGCUAAUUAGUCCAUUUUAACACCCCCUAGCAGCUGCCAACUGUACCAAAGAUGGUUCCCUAAGCUAGAGAUGGCUAGGAUAGUUCAUAGCUAGAUUAACUGGCGUUAGACCUUGCAUGUUUCACACAUCUUGUGGAGGUUCGCGCUCUGCAGCAUUCCCUUAAAUACAGUUAGGCGGGAACACACGGCACCUGUUAUGGAAGACUACGUUGGAGUGAAAAUGUGUUAUCUAUUCUGUUGAUUUUCCCUAAUGCAUUAAUGGGUUUCAUAUGUGAAGGGUUUUUUCUGUGUGUCUUUCCGUGUACCAACAAUAAUAUGGUUGCUUUAUUUCGUUUCUUCUUACUUAUCGCCUUAGCCAAAGUCAACCCCUUGUCUGAUUACCAGAGCCUGAUUGCUGCUCAAGCAGUGACGAGCACUAAAUGUCAUUCGUUUUUUUUUUUUUUGGAUGAGUGUUGUUUUUAGCUCAGAGCAACCCAGCACUCACCCCCCACCCCCCACCCUCUCUCUCUCUGAGAAUUUGCUUUUGCACCAUUAAGUAUUUGCUGUCAUAGCAACAGUGCAUUCAGGCCUUGGGGCGGGAAGAUAAAGGCUUGUUUGUUGUUUGUGUUGUUGUUUUUCUCUCUUUCUCCCUCUGUUGUUUUCCUCCCAUCCAGUGUUCUCUCAGUCCUUUCGUUGGUUGUUAUGGGUGCUAUUGUUAGUUUGGCUGGGUGCUGUGCUAUUCCCCCACAGAAGGCUCCUAGCUCACUCUGCAGGUAGCGCACCUCCCCCGUGUCUGAGCCAACACAUUUGGGCUUUAGUUCCCUGAUCUUUUCAUGCUACGACGCACAUGGCCAUUGUCCAGGCUUAAUGCCAUGCAGUUUAAAUGAGAACUGGGCGAGAGUUUUAACAGGCUUGAUGUUUAUGGUCCCUGAAAUGACUUCUUAUUGCGUGCAAGUUUUUUUUUAUUCUUUGCUUUGUUCUUUUGUUGUUGUUGUGCAUCAGUACUUAUGGAUGUUUAUUUUUUUAUUUUUGUUCUUUAUAGAGGAUUUUCUGGAAUCCGUUCUCAUUUCAGGGUUGCCAGAGGUAUAAUUUAUGAUGUUGUUGUUUUUGUUGUUGUUGUUGUUGUUGUUGUUUUGUGAGUAACAUCAGGGCUGCCAGAGACACAUUCAUCAUCGCCUGCUCAGAUUUCUCACAACAAAUUCCAAAGUAUCUAUGCAGUGAUCAGUCACAGGACAACACUAUCGUUCCUUGGUUACGUUGCCCUCCCUAAAGCUUUCCUUUUUAUCCAGACUGACAGCCUGAUCGAAGCAAUGAGCUCUCUCUGUUGUUGUGUUUUCGGCUACAUGUUGGCCUCUCUCUCGUGUUUCUCCUUGUCUCCCUGCCGCACUUGUAUCUCCAGAGACCGGGAUCAAAGGCAUUCCCGGGGCUCGGCGUGUGUUUUCUCCCCUGACAGCCCCAGUAUGCCGCGACUGCACCUCCAUCCCAAAAUCCCCAUGUUUGUGUUGCCUGUCUGGCCCCAGCACGGAUCCAUGGGAAAGCUGGACAGGAGGAAUGCUCAGGCCUUUGCCCAGGGAACCAAAACACUAUUUUCUGUGCAAAUAGACCUUUGCUGGUGUAAGCCAAAUAAACAGACCCCGGCCUCGCAGAGAGAGAGAGAGAGCGGGAGGGAGAGAGAGAGAGAGAGAGAAGGUUUGAACAACUUCAGCACGAGAAAAUAAAAAUUGCUUCUUGAGUGGAGAUUUCACUCCAGCUUUAUCAACAUGCAGUGGAAACAACGCACAAUAAGCAAAGGGACUUUCUGUUCUUUUGGCUUCAUUGGGCGGCGCUUCUUUGUUGUUCUUUAGUGUGUGCAUAUGUAUUUGGCGUGCAGAGAAAUGCCCAUUGUCAUUCCGAGGCCGUUCCUCAGAUGAGCGCGCUUGUGAAAACAAAUCAAAUCAGGAAAUUGGCACAUGAAAUUGCAUGUUUACCUUUCAGUGUUUUGUUUUAACAGCGUGCAUCAACAAGCUGUAUUCAAAGAGUUGCAUUAUAUUGCGGCAAGUCAGGGCCACCUUCCCAAAGCACUGGUAGAGCAGCCUUCACCAACAACCCAAAGCACUCCCGUGGAAGCCAUUGAGAACAGUGCUCAAUUAAAACAAGCAAGAAGGUUAUCAGCUACACGCAUAGAUUUUUUUGAUGCAUGUUGUUUCCGACCCAUGACCUCUAACCAGGUCUUGUGGGAUGUGGAGGCACACCUGCGUUGUUUAUCUGCUGCAGAUGCAGAACCGUCAACAACAACAACAACAACAACAACAACCCCUCCAGCUUAAUCAUCAUUCAGGCGUGACGCUCUCUUGCACCAGCCCCGCGCUGCCAUCUCUGCUGGCCCAGGGAGAGCAGGAGCCGGAGACUCUGGCGAGGCUGCUGAUGUGUGCUCAUUAAAAAGCUCAGAAACACACAAACAAGCUUGGCUCUGUUCACAGCUAGGUAAACAGGCUCUACAUGCAGCCAUACACCAGAGAUCUUGUGAUCUGAUCCCCUCCCCUUUUGCUUAUUUUGAUCUUUUUUUUUUAUAUAAUCGAUUAACUCUUUUUGAACUUCUAUUACAGGAAGUGUCUGGGAAAAGUAGCCUGGGUGUGCGUGAAACUUUAAAGGUGUAACAAGUUUAGUUAAAACAUUCAAAAAUGAACUAGAAAGGGCAACUGAAUGUGAUGAAAUAACUGUCGUGACUGACGCCUGACGACUGACACCUAUGCUCUGUAUUGCCCUGAUAUCCAUUAAAGUUAGCAUGCUAACCAGCUAAUCCCGGCCUGUACUCUCUCUAGGCACUAGUGUGGCGAAAACAGCAAAGCAAAGCAAGGAUAAUUUUACUGGCACAACCUCACACUGUCAGGAAUUGUGUUUUUAAUCGCUAAAAUCCCAUUUCGGAGGCUAAAAUAGUAGCUACAGUAAAUGGCAUCCCUACACUGAGGGACAAAAACAGACCUUCCAAAUCUGCUCUUCAUGAUGCUUGUCCAUGGUGACAGCAGAGCACACCUUUCCAGAUGAGUCUAUUUUCAGCUUCCCAAUACCUUUCUACUCUGUAUGCAUUCUGUAAAGCACUUUGAGCUUGAUGUUGAUGGAAACACUUAUGAUAGCCUAGACAUCUUUCAGUCGCGUAAAUGGCUAAAUCUUGUAGUUACUUCUGCGAAGGGAGAGGAGGUAGGGUUGUGCAAAUAUAGUAAUACACUGCCCCCAAUCUGCUUGGGGUUGGUAGUAUGAAAUAAUUCGACUCGCUAGCCGACGGCUAGUCAGGCUUACAUAUAGCCCCUUUUAAAAGUGCGCCUGAAACUCGUUUUUUCUCGUUUUGGAGGGCAUUCUUAGAGAAAGCAUGCAGCUUUGUCUUUACCUGAUGUAAACAUGCUACUUCAAACAACAUUCUGAUGAUCGUCCUGCCUGCAUUCCCAGUCUGAUGUUAGAAGCUUGCUCAUCCCACAUCAAACUGUAUGCGUUUUUGCUUAGUUGUAUUCAGUCUAUCUAUAGCACAAGCGUGUUGGUAGUAUAAUAGAAGUUAUUAGGUGUCGGAGAGCAGCUCUAUUCAGAGCAGCACAACAUAAUUCCUUGUGACAAGCUCAGACGACCCCUCGCCAGCCAAACAAGCUGAGGCUGUGUUGGUGCUAAAUAACAAGCACUCGAAUCCUACAAGCGCUCCCUGCCCCCCUUGCCUGCCUGCCACACACACACACACUUCUGCUCUGGUUUGCAUUCAUGUCAGGAGAGCGGCUGCUUGUUUGUCUAGAGAUUUUCUUGGCUGUUUGCUCUUUGCUGUGUUGCUUUUUGAAUGGCUCUCCUCCCUCCCCCCCUAUACCCUUCCCCCAGAUGUUUACAUAAGGCGCUGGCCUGUGUAUCAUGCCACCUGCCAGAUCUGUUGAUGGCAGCACCUGGUUAAUGUUAAAUUGCCGCAGAACGACAACGUGUUUGUUAAUAAACACCCAAAGCGGGGCCCCUUUGUUUACUGUAGCCAUGGUGGCAAUCGGACGUUUCACAAACAAGGCUAUCUGGUUUCUGCUAUCCCUUCCCACCGCCGUGCAGACUUGUCCUCACAAGGGCAAGAGACGAAUCACAUGAGUCUCUCUACACGACCACCAAGAGAACAGAAAUGGAUUUCUAUAAAGUUUCUUUUUCUGUUGCUCUUUAAAAGUGUCUGUCUUUUUAGAUACUUGGAGGGGAGAGAAACCUUCUCCCUCCUCUUUGCCACUCUCAAGCUCUGUUUUACUGGAAAGCUCCACUCUUGCCAGAGAGGGCUGUGUCUGCUCGCAAACUUAACACCUCACACGCAGUUGUUGGGCAUGUUUGGAGUCACUCCAAUCCCACAAUCCCCUUCUCAGAUGCUGCCAUCUCAACUGAGUUUGACUGUAGACAUGCUCUGCCGCAGUGCAGCACAUUUGGCUGAUUGAUUGGUUAGUCUACUCAAGUCAGACCACAUACUACAAGUGCCAGCACUGCUUCAACUGAUUUAAAUCACAUAUUUAUCAGAGAUGUCAGAGGAAGUGCUGAAGAAAGACAUCACUGUCAACUAAUUUCAGGUAACCGUGCCAGGAGUGUCUUCCUACAUUCAGCCACCGCAGUGGAGAUUGGAAGUUGUUUGUGGAUGGGCCCCACACUCGUCUGUGACUACCCUUCAUUGAUCAGUGGCCUGACUGUUCACUGGGCCAUUUCUUCUCUCCUCUGUUGCGUUGUUUGUGUCUGGUUCCUGUGACUGGAGGGCGAAUCUAAACAAACCUGGACUCCGCCACUGGUUUCCUCCGCUGUCGCUGCUCUUAUCUGUCGGGUAGGAAUGCUGUCCUUUCAGUGUGUCAGCGCCACUGUAAACAGUCUGUGAGGGGGGCUGUGGGCCUCGGAGAGAAGGUCUGGGGGGGUGGUGGUGGAGGGUUCCUGGCUUCUACUGUGGCAUUGCUGUAAGAAGCCCGAAGCACCACCGAGCAGUACAGGAUGUGUCUGUUUUACGGGCCGAUGCUGACCUGUCUCCGGAGGCUGUUGGCUGUUUUGAUACACGCAAGCGUGUCCUUGCGUGUAUCAAACUCUGUGGUCAGGGUUAAAAGAGUGGAAAUGGAAACCCGGAGGUCUGAAGUAGAUGGAUUAGGUGCGUGAGCCGACAUGCAGGAGUCGAAGACGGAGCAGGCAUCCAGUGGCAGUGCAGCGUGUGAGGGGGGAGAGAGUGAGAAAGCCGAGGAGCAGCCCACUGCCGGAUCGCCCUCCUCCCAGGGAGCAGAGGCCAGUCUACCACACACACAGCAGGCUCUUCAAGUUGCACAACAGUUCCAGCAACAGCCAGAACAACAACAACAACAACAACAACAGCAGCAACAGCAGGGGAGUGGAGGGAAGUCCCCUAGGGCCUCUGAGGCAGAGACAGACACACAGGUCCCAGCGGCGCUGGCCCUGAUGAGUCCUCAGCUGGUGACGGCCCAGCAGAUGCAGCAGCUGCUCCAGCAGCAGGUCCUCAGCCCCCCGCAGCUGCAGGCUCUGCUCCAGCAGCAGCAAGCCCUCAUGUUGCAGCAGCAACAACUACAGGAGUUCUACAAGAAGCAGCAGGAGGAGCUUCAUAUCCAGCUCCUGCAGCAGCAGAAGGCAGGAAAACAGAGCCAAGAGCAGCAGCUGAUGGUGCAGCAGUUGGCCUUCCAGCAGCAGCUCCUGCAGGCCCAGCAGCAGCAGCUCCUCACUCUGCAGAGGCAGGGCUUCCUGCCCUCCAAAGGCCCCGCCAGCGCCGGCCCCUCGCUGCUGGACCUGCAGCACCUGUGGAAGGAGUCCCAGAUGGCCCCCUCGGCCGAGGGCAGACGGGAGGAGAGGGGAGACUCGUCGCCCACCGUGCCCAAACCCGCUCCGCUGGCCAGCCUGCACCACCAUGCGGCCACCAACGGCAACCACGGCCCGCGCCUCGCCAGGAAGGAAGGGAGCUCCCAGGAGAGCCAUUCCCAGGCCAGCCACCCCCUGUACAGCCACGGCGUUUGCAAAUGGCCGGGUUGUGAAGCUGUGUUCGGAGACUUCCAGGCCUUCCUCAAACAUCUAAACAAUGAGCAUGCACUUGAUGACAAGAGCACAGCGCAAUGUCGGGUUCAGAUGCAGGUGGUCCAGCAGUUAGAGCUCCAGCUGUCAAAAGACAAGGAGCGUCUGCAAGCCAUGAUGGCUCAUCUCCGGGUCAAAUCCACAGAGGCCAAGUCAGCACCACAGCCUGUCAACCUGGUCUCUAGCAUGACCCUCUCCAAAGUGACCGUUCCCAAGACACACAUCUCCAUGAGCCUGUCGCAGUCGGCCAUGGCCCCCUCCACGCCGCUUACACCUCUGCCCCACUCCUCGUCUGUCAUCAUUCCUGGCGGCCUGCACAGCACGGGGCCCUCCCGCCGACGCCUCUCUGACAAGUACGGGGCAUCCAUGAACCACGACUUUGUCCAAAACAAGGAGUUUUACUCCAGUGCAGAAGUUAGACCUCCGUUUACAUAUGCCUCCUUAAUACGGCAGGCUAUUUUUGAAUCUCCAGACAGACAGCUGACAUUAAAUGAGAUCUACAACUGGUUCACACGAACAUUUGCUUAUUUCAGGAAGAAUGCAGCAACAUGGAAGAAUGCCGUGAGACACAACCUGAGCCUUCACAAGUGCUUUGUGCGAGUGGAGAAUGUGAAGGGAGCCGUGUGGACGGUUGAUGAACUUGAGUUCCAGAAGAGGAGGCCACAGAAAAUCACAGGAUCUCCCUCCAUAGUGAAGGGCAUCCAGUCGAGCCUCGGCCACAGCCCAGCUUUCUCUGCUCUACAGGCGGCCAUGGCAGAGAACACCCUACCCCUGUACGGUUCAGCCUCCCUGGGCAGCGUGGGGCUGCAUUCCCUGGCCUCCGCCAUGCGUCACGAGCUCAACGGCUCCCUGGACAGGGACCAGGACAUGGACAGCUACCACAGCGACGCCAGUGCCGAUCUCUCCCCCCCACCCACACUAUAUCAUUCUCAGGUGAAAGAGGAGCAGCUGGAUGAAGACGAGUAUGAGGCCUCUCACUCUCCAGAGAUGAUUCUGGACGAGCGUAGCCCGGAGCUGGAGCGCGACUACGACUCCUCAGACAGGUCCGACCUGCACAGGGCCUCACCUUCGACCUUCUCCUGAGGGGCCCGACGGGGAUCAACCACACACCCGAACGACACACACACACUUACAUGGGCUUGGAUACAUUCACUUGUAGCACUCACUCACUCUGGCGCACACACAAACACUCUCUCAUUGACAGCUAAGAUAAUGUACCGAAAGGACACGCAGAAAGCAUUUCGUAUGGAACGACACUGAGAAUUGCCUCAUGGCUAGAGGGACUUUUUGUUGUUGUUGUUGUUUACCGUAUUUAUUUUAUUGGCGACACCUUUAACACCCUUUGGAAUGGACUGACCUCACUGGUACGUCAAGGGCUUGUCAGUGCCUGAGUGCAGAAAGGCAAACUACAGGACCCUUCCCCAGGUUACUGGGCCAAGACUGUAGGACGCUCUGCAGUCUCUCCCGCAAGACCUCCAACCACAAAGCACAUAGCCCCCACUUCUCACCUCUCCCAACAUCCCAAUGACUGCCACUGACUUGUGUCUCGCAUGUUGCCUUGUAUGUUUGAAUUUGUGUGUGCGUGUGUGUACAUGUUCAUUUUUUUAAAUGGUAAUGGUUUCAUAAUUUACUAUUAGCCUCUGUCAGGGGUAAGUGUGUGUGUGAGUGUGUGUGUGUGUAGUAGACAAAGGGUCAUAAACCUAGUGAAUGUCUCUCGUCUUUUUUUACCUCUUUUUUUUUGUUUGUUCUGUUUUUUGUUUGUUUUUAAUUUGACAAAAAAAAAAGUUGAAUUUUAACCAAAGUGGAAAAUGUCUGACCAGCACUUGAUGAAUGUUUUGUCUUUUUAAGUUUGUUUUUAUUCUUUAUUUUUCUCUCUGCCCUGGAGUGUUUGUUUGAGGGCAAGAUAUAAUACUGUAUUUCUUAGGUAGUUUUCAUUUAAAGUCACAAUGCCUUCUAUUCCAUUAUUUUAAAUGAAUGUCCUUAUCUUACUCUGAUUCAUGGUAGUAGAUAGUACAAACAUAAAUAGGGGAGGAUAAAUCUGCAUUUAUGUAAAAAAGAAAGUCUAGUUUUUGAAGUUCUCUUUUUAAUAUGUAACUGUCCACUGAGUUAACCAAAGACUAUGAAAGUAAGGACACUCAUAUUCCUUGUUUACAUCAGAUUGGCCAGAUGAGAACGAGAUUGACAGCAGCUACCAAUGAAUAUGUAAAAAUAAAUAUUGGCAAGUAUGAUUUGUUGAAUGCCAAAUAUGGGCCAGUGUCAAUCUCAAGUAUGAUCCCAACAGUUCUUUGGGGUGGGAGUUAACCUGCUCAUCCCAGGUGACGGUAAUGAGUUAAUGGAAAUCACAAGGCUCUUAACACUUGAGGUUUUUGUAUUCCCUUUUAUAUAAUGCAAAUAUACUUGUUCUUGUAUUUGUACAAAGGGCACUAUCCUUUAAUAAUAAAAGCCAAAUGGAAAAAAAAAUACAUCCCAGCUGAAUUGUUGUGAGUUGAGGUAAUGUUCAGAGAGGGUGGCAGAGCUGACUGAUAGCCUUGCUUCUACUGUGGUGCAGUAGCUUUGCAGUUAAAACAGCAUUUCCAUUGAGGACAUGCUGACUUGGGUUUUCUUUGUCUUUUGGCCCUCUUGAAUAGUAAUGAGCAUCUAAAGCUCUUUUAAGCAGGUCAUAACAGCUUUCCCCUUUGGCAAACCUUGGUAAGUGGCAGAGAUAAAGUUUUUAUUUAUAGUAGACAAGUAAAAUAACACAGGCUCUUAAUCUCUCCUGAUUUACUGUAAUGUUUACCCCACAUCAAUACAACAUCACUCGAGCUUAAUGUGGUGGUUGACCCUAGGCAGUGAUGGGUUCUCUAAAUUACAUGAGGGCGCUUGCAGUGAGGAUGGAAUAUGUGCCUGCACCUGGGCCACAAUUAAUAUACACGCACAGCCCCCCACCCCGAUAAUUAUUUAAAUACCACAUGGUUUAAACGUGGUUUAAGCCUACAAAAUUACAUUUUGUUUUUUGAUCCACACAGUUAACGAAAUUAACCAAAUGUUUGUCUCUUAAUCGUUUUAUUUUACAUGCUAUUGUUAACAAAUCACGCUAAAAAAACUAUUUCCAUACACCAAAAACUUUUAAAUAUAUUUUUAAACUGUUCAUAUCAACGAGAGAGAAGGGUUGGCAUAUAAGGAACAGUGGGAGGAUACUUACAGUAGAGGCAGACCAAUUCUUCUGGUGCUCCGUGCUCCAGAGAUGUCCGUCUCCGUAAAGCGAUGCGCACUUUCACAACAAUGCUGCUACCAAGUGGUAUAGAAGCUAUUGUACUACAGUGGUACAAGUGAUGUUUUGCAUGACUUUAGCGUAAACCAAUGGUUCGCACGUUUGCCAUUUCCAGGCAUUUAAUUCAUCAUCCAAAGGCGCGUGUAGUUCAUUGAAAGGCGAUCUGCCUUACGUUUCAUAGAUUUCGAUGACAUCGCAGCUUCAUAUGGAUGGAAAAACUACUGGAACCGACGUUGAUGCGUCGAGAGACGGGAAAGGUGCCGUUGCUGACGGGAUGAAAUGUAGCCGCCGUGAGGACGUUGUGGUGUGUGGUAUCAAGAGGCUAAGCACCAUAUCUGAGGUGGAUGUUGUGUCCCUGGAUGGUGUGGGUAGUGAGUGGGCAGGUUCCAGAGCCUCUCUCCUCUCAUCGGAAAAACACCUCCUCAGCAGUGGUUUCACCUCUUUUGACUCUCAUCUGCCUGAUGCUGGAGAUGACUGUGCGUCUAUACUGCUGGCUUGUCUCCACUGCCGCUUCUCUGAGAUGAUGAGCCUGGUGCCGGAGUCCUGUGGGCGGGCCCUGGUGCGCUGUUGUCCCACCUGCUGGUACUACAACGCAUCCAGCGAGCCCACACGCGGUAAUGACUGCUGCAGCUUCAACUUGAACUGCGACUGCAGUCUGCUCGACGCGUGCCAGGAGACCGGCGAGCUGCUGGAGCUGGCCAUGGAGAUAUCGGAGGUGUGCUAUCGCUGAGGGAUCGCCUGUUAAUCUGUGGAGAAAGUGAAUUUGAUGGAUGCUACCAUGCUAGUACUAAAGAUGGGCAUUUUAAUGCUGCUUGACAGGAUGAGCAGCUUCAUCCUUCUGAGAUGUGGGAAAUGCUCUUUGUGGUGACUGGCUAAAAGACAGAGCAUGUUGGUGUGACUUUCCAUCUCCUUCAACAUUGGAGACCAGCUACUCGGAAGAAACAUGGGACUGUGAGAGUGUCUGUCAGACAAGUUUAUUGAUAGCUGAUAAAGUGUCUCAGGUUUUGCAACUCUCAGUACCGUUGUUUAUGCUGCUCGAUUUUCACAGCAAGGUGCCCAUAUGGAAUAAUGCAGAAAUGCAUGUUAGGCAAUGCAAUGUUUCUAAAUACCAAGCUCUGUCGAUAAAUACAGCAUGUCUUUAAUGAAUACAUAUUACAUGAAUAUUGUAUGUAAGGUUGCUAUGUAUUUCACAUGUUGGUGUUAUUCAAUGUCAUUGAGAGUUAAAUACCUAAUUGACAGGGUUUCAGUCAGUAGGCCUGUUCUUUUCUGCAUGCCUGAUUGUGUUAAAUAUUCACAGGGGUGUUCAGAUCCGUAUUCGGGGAAAUACAGUAAAAUUUUGAAAAUUA